UCAGUCUAAUAUCAUCCUCAUGCAGUGACAGAUUUGGAUGUCAGCACUUGCAUCGCUCGUGGAAAAGGCUGUAUUAUUAACGGUCCAAAUCCCAGGGCUGAGUACAACUUUCAACUUGAUCUGCAUGGUCCGAUCUUAAACUCUUUCUUUUGGUCACAGAUUUCUUAGGCUGCAAUCCUCAUCUUUUUGUUAGAGUUCUGCUAAGUUUUUAGCAGGAACGUCUCUUGCCAGUUUUAAAGGAAAUGAUCUCUCCUGUGCUCGCAAAUGCGCAAGAGUGGGCAGUAGUAUAGAGGCAGCAGUGGAAAAGGAGGUUUAGGACUCUUAGCAAGGAAAUCUAGAAAUAUCUGUGAAAUCUAUUCGUCUCUUACUGGUGUAUGUUACAAAUGCACAUGUUGGAUGUUCUGGGAGGUCUGGGGAUGAUGUACCAUAGUACAAUGCUCCGCUUUUUACCAGUGCUUAAAGGCUGAAAUUCAUUUUGUCAGGUGAAAGGAAGAACAGAGAAAAGAUUUCUGAUCGUACCGUCAGCUUCUUGUCCUGUGGAGCAGAUUUAAAGAAGAGAGAAAAUGUUCCUGCCCCAGAGAUCUCUGCAGAUGGUUAUGUUUUUGGCAAUUCUUUUUUUUGCCUGUUUUGCAACGUGUCAAGACACCGAAAAUAAAAGGGCAGUGACGGAGCAUCAGCUCAUGCAUGACAAAGGGAGGGCGUUUCAAGGGCUGAAGCGCCUGAUGUGGCUCCACAACGCCCUAGGUAGCGUGCACACAGCCAGCAGCAGGGAUAUUUCUCUUUCGAAUGCCCUGUGGGAUUCUCAGAAGAGCCAAGAUCCCUCAGAUCUCUACAACAGCAUCAGCAGAGAUGAGACUUCGAGCCUGAUGAAGCAGCUGCUGGAACUGACGGAAGAAGAGCAGGGCUUCCCUCCAUUAAAGCAGCUGGAUUUGCUGCAGUACGUGAAGACCCCAAAGAGUAACUGGAACCCACAAGACCUUUUUGACCUCCUUCAAAUCAAAGAGCUGGGCAGCAAGAGAAAUCCUAGCACCCAGCCACAGAACUUAUCCCACUAGCCCCAAUCCAGCUCAGUCCAUCCAUUGCUUUAGACGUGAUGUUGUAAGGAAAAGCUCUAGUGCAAAGGUGAACUGCAAAAGAAAAAUAACAUCCAUUUGUUCCAUUAACUACUCCUAGGUGUUGAACAGAGAGAGACCCUUACCAGGCCCCAGGUUCUCUCCCUAGCAGGCAGGCCAAGCACUGUGGCUGUGCCAUGGGGUCCUUUGUCACCAGCCAGAAUCUCUCCUUCUGUGGCAGGGCCCUCCCUCUCUGUUUCUUAGGGCCGUGGCAGCUCUUUGUAGCUCCUCUAGGCCACACGUAGCAGGGAGUUUGGUUCAUUCAUCUGCAUAUUCACAGGCUCACUUGCAGUCUGAUGGUUUGACUCCUGAAGCAGCAGUUACCUCCUCAUACAGAUUCUCUUCCACUUCACACCUGCCUGCGGUUCUGCCCUGCUCUGCUCUAGCCGUGACUUCCCUUAUACUUCAGGUCCAAAGGUUUGUUAUUUCCUGCUUCUCCAGCAUGUAGGAUGUUUUCAGCCUCUCAUCCCUCGGGUUUUCCUUCAGGGUGGCAAACUUUUGCCAGGCCACAGAGGUAGAAGUUGACAGUGACCCCCACCCUCCUGGCCAAAGCCCUCGACAUUCACCUUAUUCUGCUGGUGGAAGAGAUGAGAAUCAGCUUCCAGCGUCGCCAUUUGUUCAGCCUUUUGU